UAAAUAAAUAAACAAUAACGAACAAAAAUUAAUGGAAAUUUCUUCUCCUCCAUAACGAGAAAGGCUCUCUUUCUCUGUCUCAGUCUCUGUCACCUUCCUUCUGUGCGUAUAAGCUUCGAAAUCGAAAGAAGAGGACAAAAGAAACAAAGUAGAAAAAAGAUAACAAUGGCUAGUAGAUACUGGAUGGUGUCUCUGCCUGUUCAAAACUCGGCUUCCACUCUUUGGAAUCGUUUACAAGAUCAAAUCUCUAAGCAUUCGUUUGAUACUCCUCUCUACAGGUUUAAUAUUCCUAAUCUCCGUGUUGGAACUUUGGAUUCUCUUCUCUCUCUCAGCGACGAUCUCUUGAAGUCAAAUACCUUUAUAGAAGGAGUGUCUCACAAGAUCAGGAGACAGAUCGAGGAAUUGGAGAGGGUGUCUGGUGUAGAGAGCAGUGCUUUAACUGUUGAUGGUAUACCUGUUGAUUCAUACCUCACCAGGUUUGUGUGGGAUGAAGCAAAGUAUCCAACCAUGUCACCGCUAAGGGAGAUUGUGGACAACAUUCAUUCUCAAGUGGCAAAGAUUGAGGAUGACCUCAAGGUUCGAGUUGCGGAGUAUAACAAUGUGCGAAGUCAACUCAAUGCCAUCAACCGAAAGCAAAGUGGAAGCUUAGCUGUUCGUGAUCUCUCCGAUCUGGUGAAACCCCAGGAUAUUAUUGCUUCUGAACAUCUUGUAACCCUCCUUGCAGUUGUUCCCAAGUAUUCACAGAAGGACUGGUUGGCAAGCUAUGAAACUUUGACUAGCUAUGUGGUUCCCAGGUCCUCCAAGAAGUUAUACGAGGAUAAUGAAUAUGCUCUUUAUACAGUAACACUAUUCCGUCGCGUUGCUGACAAUUUUAGAACAAGUGCUCGUGAAAAGGGGUUCCAAAUUCGUGAUUUUGAAUAUAGUCCAGAAGCACAAGAGGGUAGGAAGCAAGAGCUGGAAAAAUUAAUGCAAGACCAAGAAAGCUUAAGAAGCUCUCUUUUGCAAUGGAGCUAUACCAGUUAUGGAGAGGUUUUCAGCUCCUGGAUGCACUUUUGUGCAGUACGCGUUUUUUCAGAAAGUAUUCUAAGAUAUGGAUUGCCACCUUCUUUCUUGUCUUGUGUUUUAGCUCCUUCUGCGAAAAGUGAGAAGAAAGUGCGUUCAAUCCUUGAGGGAUUAUGUGACAGUGCAAACAGCACAUACUGGAAAUCAGAAGAUGAAAUUGGAGGCGGGAUGGCAGCACUUGGAGGCGAUGCGGGUGCUUACCCUUAUGUGUCCUUCACAAUUAAUCUUGCUUGAACCAGGCGCAGUCCAAGUUCAUCAUCUCUCCAAAAUUCCAGGUCCAAGGAGUCUUCUUUAGACAGCAAUAAAUGGACACGAAUCAUGAUACUGUAUAUUAGUAUUGGAUAGAUCAAUUCUUUGGUUUAUUUACAAUUGGAGCAUGUGAAUGAGCAUGUGAAUUUAAGUGGAGUUGGUUUUAAGAGUGAGGGAAUAUCUAGUAAUUAUCGUUAUAAAUUAUGUAUUCUAAUUUUCAGGCUCUAACUCCAGCAAAACAAGCUUAUGGUAAUUUGCUUGAUGUACUUAAUUUAUUUGUAUUAUGAUUUAUAAUGGCUUGCAGGAUUUCUUGCUG